AUGACCCGCCUGGCAGGACUCACCAGCGGCAGCACAGAGGUGAACAGGCCCUGGAUGGUGGCUCCCUUCUCCACGGCCUCCGCCACCUUCUCAGUGCUGGACAGAAAGAUCACGACCGCUCCGUUCAUACGUGAAGCAGACUUGAUGUGGACGUAUCCCACUUCUUUCCCCACAGAGAGUAUCACCUCCUCCACAGAGUAUCGCCUCCUCCACAGAGAGUAUCGCCUCCUCCACAGAGAGUAUCGCCUCCUCCACAGAGAGUAUCGCCUCCUCCACAGCGAGUAUCGCCUCCUCCACAGAGAGUAUCGCCUCCUCCACAGAGCAGGACGCUGCAGUCACAAGCUUCACAGCGUGACGCCGCGUCAGCUGCUCCAAACCUCUGUCCCCGGCCAUCCCGGGCGUUACGCCUCGCCCGGAGGCCGAGCCGCGGGGCCCCGGUCAGAGCUGCGGGGGCCCCAGUCAGAGCUGCGGGGGCCCGGCCAGCCUCCAGCCCUCCUUCUUGCCCACUUUGGUGAGGUAGGCCACGGUGCCCAGGCCCAGGCAGGCGGACGUCCCCAGCAUGGGGUUGUGAGCUGUGGGAGGAACACACACCCCGCACCAAGCCGCCCCGCCCGCACCAAGCCGCCCCGCACCAAGCCCCUCCGCACCAAGCCGUCCCGCACCAAGCCGUCCCGCACCAAGCCGUCCCGCACCAAGCCGUCCCGCGUCAAGCCGUCCCGCGUCAAGCCGCCCCGCACCAAGCCGCCCCGCACCAAGCCCCUCCGCACCAAGCCCCUCCGCACCAAGCCCCUCCGCACCAAGCCGUCCCGCACCAAGCCGUCCCGAAUUAAGCCGUCCCGCGUCAAGCCGCCCCGCACCAAGCCGCCCCGCACCAAGCCCCUACGCGUCAAGCCCCUCCGCACCAAGCCCCUCCGCACCAAGCCGCCCCGCACCAAGCCGCCCCGCACCAAGCCGCCCCGCACCAAGCCGCCCCGCACCAAGCCCCUCCGCACCAAGCCCCUCCGCACCAAGCCGUCCCGCACCAAGCCGUCCCGAAUUAAGGCGUCCCGCACCAAGCCGUCCCGCACCAAGCCGUCCCGCACCAAGCCGUCCCGCACCAAGCCGUCCCGCACCAAGCCGCCCCGCACCAAGCCCCUCCGCACCAAGCCCCUCCGCACCAAGCCCCUCCGCACCAAGCCCCUCCGCAUCAAGCCCCUCCGCACCAAGCCGUCCCGCACCAAGCCGUCCCGAAUUAAGCCUUCCCGCGUCAAGCCGCCCCGCACCAAGCCGCCCCGCACCAAGCCGCCCCGCACCAAGCCGCCCCGCACCAAGCCGCCCCGCACCAAGCCCCUACGCGUCAAGCCGCUCCGCACCAAGCCGCCCCGCACCAAGCCGCCCCGCACCAAGCCCCUCCGCACCCAAGCCGCCCCGCACCAAGCCGCCCCGCACCAAGCCGCCCCGCACCAAGCCCCUCCGCACCAAGCCCCUCCGCACCAAGCCGUCCCGCACCAAGCCGUCCCGAAUUAA